AUGCGAAUUGCCCGAGCUGGAGCUGGACGUACUACUCCUAAGUCGGCUGGACUGGGCUCUUCUGAUACGGAUUAUUCGGGUAAACCGACGCGUCAUUUUCUCCCGGCAUCCACAGAGAGUCCGCUUCAUUUGGCUUUCACAUUCUCGCCGCAAGCGGGAGAACACAUGGGGGGAGACCGGGCGAUGAAGGCCAAAGCUCUCAAGCAGCACCACUUCGAGGCCACGGUGCAUCAAAGAUAUGGAGAAGAUAGUUAUCCAGAACACCUCGAUGGCUAUUGA